CGUGUGUUGAGAUUAAACGGGCGGCUCCUCUACCACGAGCUGACCCUGGCUGAGAUGGGUGACCGAGAUGAUUAUCUGUAGUUUACAGUCACUGGAAACCGCUUGAAUUUCCUGACAGAGUCGAGGUGCAGCUCACAGUUUCACAUUGUCCGCAGAGUCGCCGCGGAAAAAAUGGCGAUGAUUUUAGGGUUGCUCUUUCUGUGCAUGCUCCAAGCUGCAAUCUCUCAGGAUCUGACAGUUCGGGGGCCGAGACCAGUACCUGGGCGAGGGGACAGCCCAGGACCGACUCCUCCUCCUUUCGAGCCCUUACCAAGACCUCAAGGUUGUGACACUGGGAUAAUUGAAUGUCCUAUCAAGCUGUUUUUCACCCUGGACACCUCAGAGAGUAUUGCCUUACAGGAGUCCCCACCUGGGAGCCUGGUGAAAAAAGUCAUGGAGUUCACCAAGAUAUUUGUCCAAAAGCUGGAUGAUGAGAAGUACAGGGGUCAGAUCCAGAUCUCCUGGUCAAUAGGAGGCUUGAAUUUCUCCGACACGCAGCAUGUCUUCAGCCAGUUUACUACAAAGGAGAAUUUCAUCAGGAACCUUAACGGGAUUAUAUACAAGGGUAAAGGCACCUACACCGACUGCGCCAUCAGGAGAAUGACUCACCAUAUGACCACCCACUACUCACAGACGAAGGCCGUCCUCUUUUCUGUGGUCAUUACCGACGGGCAUGUGACAGCAGAGAAAUGUGGAGGGGUAAAGGCUGAGGCAGAGAAAGCCCGCGAUAAAGGGAUCCAGAUUUUCUCCGUGGCAGCGUCCAGGAGCAUCGAUGAACUGGGGUUGAGGGAUAUAGCCGGCUCUCCCACUGAACUUUACCGAGAUGACUACAUUGUUGUGGACAUCGCUGAUGGGAAACCAGAGAUAAAGACCGAGUCCAUCGAUCGUAUCAUAAAAGUCAUGAAACAUCAAGCCUACUUACAGUGUUUUGAAUAUAAAUGCUUUCAAACUCCUGGGAUCGAUGGACCAAAAGGGCCAAUAGGUCCAAAAGGUAUGAAAGGAGACAGAGGUCAAACUGGGCCAAACGGUGUAAAGGGUCAACCGGGCGAUCCUGGCAUUGAAGGUCCAAUCGGACAACCUGGUCCAAAGGGAGAGAUUGGUUCAAAUGGUGACAAGGGGGAAAUCGGAACAGGUGGAGCAAAGGGAGUGGCAGGAGUUACUGGCAUGAAUGGAACUGAUGGUCAAAAGGGUAAAAUGGGCCGAAUCGGAGCUCCUGGUUGCAAAGGUGAUUCAGGUGACAAGGGACCGGAUGGUUACAAUGGAGAUGUUGGUGACACUGGGCCACCUGGUGACAACGGAGCAAAGGGUGACUCAGGACUUGCUGGAAAGUCGGGUCCCACUGGCCCUAGAGGUGACACAGGACCAAAGGGUGAAGAUGGAAAUGCUGGAAAUCCAGGACCGCCUGGAGAAAAGGGACCUCGGGGGACUCCUGGCACACGUGGACCAAGAGGCGAAGGGGGAAGGAGAGGAGACCCUGGAACAAAAGGAGGACAGGGUACUGGUGGGCUAAAAGGAGAGAAGGGAGAGCGAGGGCUGGAGGGACUCAGAGGCCGGCCAGGAGAAGAUGGACUCAAGGGCGCAAAGGGAGAUCUAGGACUCCCGGGACCGAGGGGUCAGCCCGGAGAAACAGGCGGUCCCGGAGGAAAUGGCAGCAUUGGAAAUACCGGAGAUCCAGGACCAAGGGGAGACUCUGGGAGCCCUGGACCAAAAGGUGACAACGGAAGAACAGGAUUCAACUACCCUGGAUCGAGAGGAUCUACUGGAGACAGAGGGGAUCCCGGUAGAAGAGGUCCCAGGGGGGGAAGAGGUGAUUGUGGUGCCAAAGGAGAACUUGGAAACAAAGGAUCACCAGGAGGGCCUGGGGAACCAGGUCAGCUGGGUGAGCCAGGAAAGAGAGGACCCAGAGGAGACGCUGGAUCUGAUGGCGAUCCAGGACCAGUGGGCGAUUCUGGGCUCAAUGAAUGUGAUGUCAUGACCUACAUCAGGGAGACGUGUGGUUGUUGUGACUGUGAGAAGCACUGUGGACCUCUGGACAUUGUAUUUGUAAUUGAUAGCUCAGAGAGUGUGGGACUGACAAACUUCACCCUGGAAAAGAAUUUUGUCAUCAACACCAUCAACAGGCUGGGAUCUAUGGCCAACGACCCAGCGUCAUUAACCGGCACAAGAGUCGGAGUUGUACAAUUUAGUCACAACGGGACCUUUGAAGCCAUUCGUCUCAAUGACCCCAAGAUCAACUCCAUGUCUGCUUUUAAAACAGCAGUGAAGAGCCUACAGUGGAUUGCUGGGGGCACCUUCACACCCUCAGCCCUCAAGUUCGCCUACGACAACCUUAUCAGAGACGGCAAGCGAGCCCAGGCUAAAGUAUCUGUGGUGGUGAUCACAGAUGGCCGCUAUGACCCGCGCGACAAUGAGAAUCUGCUGCAGUACCUUUGCAACGAUGACGAUGUGGUGGUGAAUGCGAUUGGGAUUGGUGACAUGUUUGAGAAGAGACAGGAUAAUGAGAUCCUGGGCUCGAUUGCGUGCAACAAGAAGGAACGCGUCACUGGGAUGAGGCGUUACGCUGACUUGGUGGCUGAGGACUUUAUACAGACGAUGGAGACUGUGCUUUGUCCCAAUCCUGUGGUUGUGUGCCCUGAUCUUCCCUGUAAAAGAGAACCUGAUGUAGCUCCGUGUGUCCAGCGGCCGGUGGAUUUGGUAUUUUUAUUGGAUGGCUCAGAGCGCCUGGGGAUGGAGAACUUCCGGUAUGUCCGUGAAUUUCUGCAAAAAGCGGCAGACCGACUGGGUCUGGCUGCGGGCAAGAAUGAUCGAAUGCGAGCUCGCUUGGCACUGAUAGAGUUUGGUAAGGAGAACGAGAACCUCGUGGCCUUCCCUCUCACUCACGACCCUGCUGUAAUCGCUGAUGGCAUAGCACACUUGAGAUAUAUGGAUUCUUCUUCAAGUGUAGGGCCGGCCAUCAUCCACACCAUCGACACAGUCUUGGGUAAAGGAAAUGCUCGCCUGACGAGACGCAACACAGAGGUCUCAUUUGUAUUCAUCACAGACGGCGUCACUGACAGCAAAAACCUGGACGAGGCCAUUAGUGCGAUGCGCAGCGCACAGGUCGUCUCCACAGUGGUAACCACAAGAAGUGACGUUGACCAAAAAGUCCUCAUGAAGCUGGCCAUGGACGACCAGGACGCCAUCUUUAAAGUAAAAGACUUUGCGGAUAUGUCCCAGUCCAGUUUGUUUGACCGUUUCAUCCAGUGGGUGUGUUAAAGUGCGGCCACAUUUAGGCAAAAGUCAUUCUGGUGCUACUGCUGUUUAUCUAGCAUUUUAAUAUAAGAUACAGGUUUACUCGAUUCUACUUUGCACUGUUCAAUUAUCAAAUGACAACAUGGCCAUUGUGUUUUACUACAUUUGUCAGGAAAACUGUAUUAAUUUGCAAUAUUUUGUUAUAUAUUAAAAAAAUCUGUACGUGGAGCAUUCAUCAUCAACCAUUAAGCUUUAAGAUAUUAAACCUGCAGUUUAUUGGACAA